CUGGCGUAAAAAAACUAGCUUUAGAAACAAGCAUCGACGAAACUUCAUCUUCCACUGACACAACUCGCCAACUAAAACAAAUACAAAACCUUAAAACACACACACACAAAAAACACGCACUCAACAAAACCUUAAUCCAAUUGAAAUACACAAAAGCCAACUCCAAAUCUUCGUUAGUUUAUUCUCAAACCCCAUUACUCGCAUUCAAAUUGAUCUUCCAAAGCACUGAAAGCAACUCUUCUCUCUCUACCAAUUCUUGAAUUCUCCUGAAGCUACUCCAUCCUUUUGAACAGAGACAGAUAGAUCAAGAAGUUGCAUAUUUAAAUUCAAGAAGUUAGACGCACGACGAUGGGGAACGGGGAUUUGGAGAGGGGUACGCCAACGAAGAGCAGGAAUCAGAGAUACUCAGCAGCAGCGGCAUAUGAUAUGGAGCACUCGGAGAGACAGUGGACUUCUUGGCUGGUGCCGAUGAUUGUGGUGGCCAAUGUUUCCAUGUUUGUUGUGAUCAUGUUUGUCAACAAUUGCCCCAAGAAUCAUGAUGGUGCUGGUACUUGCGUCGCUAAGUUUCUUGGCCGCCUCUCCUUUCAGCCCCUCAGGGAAAACCCUCUCUUUGGCCCCUCUUCCUCUACACUGGAUAAACUGGGAGCACUCGAAUGGAACAAAAUUGUGCAUGAGAACCAAGCAUGGAGGCUCAUAAGUUGUAUAUGGCUGCAUGCUGGUCUUAUUCAUUUGCUUGCAAACAUGUUGAGCUUGGUCUUUAUUGGAAUCCGUCUAGAACAGCAAUUUGGAUUUGUGCGAGUAGGAGUGAUUUACCUAUUGUCGGGAAUAGGGGGUAGCAUUCUGUCUUCACUCUUUAUUCAGAACAGCAUAUCUGUUGGAGCUUCAGGGGCUCUAUUUGGCCUUCUUGGAGCAAUGCUAUCGGAAUUACUUACCAACUGGACUAUUUAUGCAAACAAGGCGGCAGCUCUGUUUACUCUGGUGAUCAUCAUUGCAAUCAAUCUGGCUGUUGGAAUUCUUCCACACGUGGACAACUUUGCUCAUAUCGGAGGGUUUUUGAGCGGGUUACUCUUGGGCUUUGUGUUUCUUGUCCGACCCCAGUUUGGCUGGAAGGAAGGCCGGCAUCUGCCAGGUGGCACACGCCUCAAGUCCAAGUACACCGCGUGCCAGUAUGUUCUAUGGAUUGUUGCCACCAUUCUCUUUAUUGUUGGAUUCACAGUAGGGCUGGUAAUGUUGUUCAAAGGAGAAAAGGGAAACGAUAAAUGCAGCUGGUGCCAUUACCUGAGCUGUGUGCCUACCUCAAGAUGGAGCUGCAACAACUGAUGUUUUUCGGCCUCCCUGAAUUUGCUCCGUCUCUACAUUUUUCGCCCUACAGAAAUGGUAUUCAUAUACUAUACCCGUUACUUGCUUUUGUAUAUACAUACAUAGCAUUUGCUGUUUAUAAACCCUCUUCCAUUGCCAAUUCCUAGUUUGGAUUUGGCAUGUGGAACUUUUACUAUUCUUUUGUUUUAGUACCCUAGUAGAUUGUAUUCUUAUUCUUGGCGUGAAAUUUGAAUUGAUCUAUUCGUUCUCUUAGAAACAUGCUACAUACAUUGCAGAGUAAUCAAGUUUGAUCCAA